GCCCCUAAAGGGACAUGGAAGGGAAAAAAAAUAGACGGUAAAAAAAAAAAAAAAAAGUACUUGCGAGAUCUCGCAACAACAAUUCACCCAUGGGAGAGGCUCAUAGAGUUUUAUUUUGAGAUUGGCCUCAAAUAUAAAGACAUUAAAUCAGUGCUCGCGAGUAAACACGGUUUUCAUGUAAGUGAGAGCCAUCUGAAGCGACUGCUUAACGCAAGAGGACACUUCGGGUAUGUAUGCAACUUCCGGUAUGGACUUCCAGUAUGUAGACACGAAGAAGAUUAACUUCCGGUAUGGACUUCGCGGCGCCCCGCCGUCUUGUCUGCAGCUGGGUCCCUCUCGCAAAUAGAGGGAGUCAUGGAGGAGGAUUUCGAACAGUUUUUGCGGUCUAGAGAGGUCCCUCAAGCGGCCAUCAUGCACAUGAAAAGAGACAAGGUUGAUAAGGCAGUAAUUUCCAUUAUGACUGAUGAGCAAAUGGCCAAAUAUAUCACUUCAUAUGGUGACAGGGUAGCUGCCCUUUCCUUCUGUCAACAAACAAUGUGCAACCUUGACAAAGAGACUCUUAUACAAAGAUUAAGAGAUAAAAUAGCAACUCGGAAAAUGAGAUCAAGGACAAAAGGUGUGCUGUGUGGUACAUCAGGUGUGCUCCAAAAGCCAGGUGAGGGGAUGGCAAGACAGAGAAAUACUGCAGGAGAAAAGACUUCCAGGAAGAUUGAAAUUGGAUGGCUUCAUUUUCACAGUAAUGAAUACCAUCAAGUGAGGACCAAAAAUGGCGGAGGAACAAGACAUGCAACUGUGGAAAAAACAACAACUGUUGCUCAGAUUUUGGAGCUAGGAAAGGAGCUAUUUUUCCCAAAUGGGCACUCAACCAAAGGGCAAGCUGACGACUUUACCUUUGAGGUCUGUGAUUUUAAAAGAAAGCACAUUCCUUUCGAUGAGACUGUUGGCAGAUUGUAUGAACAAACCAAACUGAAGCUGCUUAGAUUUUAUAUUUGCACAAAAGACGAAGGACCUUCAACAGAUCAGUCUUCAUCUGAAGUGGAUGAAUGUAGUGAAGAUUUUUUAACUGAGGAUUUAUCUGUCAGCAUCACUGAGGGAGCAGAUUCACAGUUGACUGAGGAUGGAUCUCACCUUGAUGCAGAUGAUUCGAUUACAGAUCUACUGGAUCAUGGACACUCAUCUGACAGUGACAUAAGCGAACAGAAUAUGCAUUUCCAGUUGCAACCAAGCUCCAAAAAACAAAGAGCAGCUUCUGAGACUGUGACAGCACAAGGUCCAGGAAAAUCACAUCCCUCUCAUUCAACCCCAACAGACAUUAAAAAAACUAACAUUGGCCAGGGGCAGGACACCAACACAAAUGAUCAUGAUGAAGUCUGGAAUCAUCUCCAGCCUUUUAAUGAUUUCCCUGACUCCUGCUUUGAAAUUAUUGACCUGACCAGAGCAGUCCCUAAUGCCUCUCCACAAACAGAGCCUGACCACAUCUGUCGCGUUACUUUUGAAGAGGUUCCAGAAGUAGACGAGGCAGAUACAGUUGUAUGGGAUCCGGAAGAGGACCUUGGCAGAGCAGAUGGAGAUGAGACAGUUGUGAUCACAUUGGACAACGUCAACAGUGAGGAUGUCACACAGAGUGCUGAGAUGAAUGGAGUGACUAUGCAGGCUUUCCAACUCCCAUUGCCCUCAGCUAAUGACCUGCCUACACUAGCUGUGCAGUCCAUACAUGGGGAAGCAGUGCAAACUGCACAGGUAAGAUGCAUCACUGCAAGCAACCCUGAACACAUCCUCUAAACUACUGUAUGAUUUUACAUAACUGUUUGGAUGUGAUAUGAUGGAGCCUUUGAGCAUACCAUUUUCUGAAGGUGUGGUAGGUCAGCUCUGGAGGAGCGCUGAUGGGUCUGAAAAAGUAAGUGUGAUGAUGUACAGUACAGGC